CCGAGAACUCUCAACACCAUAAACCUUCCGGGCUUGAUACCAAAGUCCGCCAAGCCAGCUAUAGAAUUCGCCAGGGCCAUUAGCGCUCCGACGAGAGCAUCUUUGCAAAGAUGGACAUUCGGGUGAUGAAAGUGUCCGACAUUCCGCACGUUCAGCAAGCCAACAUCACAAAUCUGCCUGAGAACUACUUCUGCAAAUAUUACAUGUAUCAUGCCUUGACCUGGCCACAGCUAAGCUAUGUUGCAGUGGAUGUCUCAAGACCACAGAAGACCCCGUACGAUCCGCCCAAGAUCGUAGGGUACGUGCUGGCCAAGAUGGAGGAGGAGCCUUCGGACGGGAUUCCCCACGGCCACAUCACCUCUCUGUCCGUGAUGCGCACACACAGACGCCUGGGUCUCGCCGAGAAGCUGAUGCGCCAGUCUCAGCGCGCCAUGGCCGAAGUGUACGGCGCCCACUACGUGUCCCUGCACGUGCGUGUGAGCAACGUGGCCGCUCUGCACCUGUACCGCGACACGCUGGGCUUCACCGUCGACAAGACGGAGGCAAAGUACUAUGCGGACGGCGAAGACGCGUACAGCAUGCGCAUGGACCUGUCGGAUCUGCGGUUGCCGGAGGGGGACGGCGACGAGGACGAGGGCGAGGCCGUCGGGAGCGAGGGAAAGAAGGAGGGCGGCGAGAAGGAGAAGAAGGGAGAGAAGAAGCAGGCCUUCAAGAUAGGGAGGGGCUUGGGGGUCGGUGAUUUGGUCGAGAAGAACGAAAGUUCCGGAAAGGAGGCCGCAAAGGCGUCGUGAGAUUUUUAAAUUUAUUUUUUUUCCUUCUUCCCUCUCUCUCCCCAUCUCCGUCUCUGUCUCCCUGUACUAUUAUAAUGCCGAGCACGAACAAGGCGGCCGACAGAUGGACGAAAGAAGAAUAAGGAGAGGAACCGAAGAAAGAAGCCAAAACAAAAAAAAAAAAACAAGAACAAGUUUGGGGCACGGGUAACCUUGCUUGAAGGCGCGCUCUUGCGGACGCAGCAUUAGUGCCUCGGAUCAUAGAUUCUAAGAAGAAGAAGAAUAAGAAGAAAAAUAAAUUAGAGAGACGUCUUGCAUG